CAAAGGAUCUGCAAGGGACUGAGGGGAUGUGACCCGAUUAAAAGAAUAAUAAUUGCAAUGGUCCUCUAGUAUCAGCGCUACCCCAUUCAUCCUUUCAGAGCUCCUCUCAGUCCUCAGUCAGUUAUGCCGCUUACAAUGCCAAGCUCAACAGAAGAGAUGGAGCAGGAGGCUGGUCCCCCAUGGUGACUGACCAAGAGCCCUGGCUCCAGGUGGACCUCAGGGAGCAGAUGGAGGUGACGGCUGUGGCCACACAGGGACGUUAUGACAGUUGGGACUGGGUCAGCAGUUACCUACUGCUCUACAGUGACACGGCCCGGGCCUGGAAACAGUACAGGCAUGAGGAUGGUGUAGGGCAGACAUUUGUCGGGAACGUGAAUUCCGAGGCCAUUGUCCAGAACAAGCUGUCCCACCCGGUGAGAACGCGUUUCCUGCGUUUCGUCCCUCUCGAGUGGAACCCCAGUGGCUGGAUGGGCCUCAGGGUGGAGGUGUACGGCUGCUCCUACAAGUCAUAUAUGGCGGACUUUGACGGCAGGAGCUCGCUGCUGUAUCGGUUCAACCAGAAGUCAAUGUCAACGGUGAAGGACGUGAUCUCUCUGCGGUUCAAGAGUCAUCAGGCCGAGGGUGUUUUACUGCAUGGAGAGGGGCAGAGAGGAGAUUACAUCACCCUGGAGCUUCACCGAGGACGGCUGGACCUCUACCUCAACUUAGACGACAGCAGGCUGAGGUUCAGCAGUGGUCGAGUUGCUGUCACCGUGGGCAGUCUGUUGGACGACCAGCAUUGGCACUCUGUUCAUAUAGAGCGCUUCAACAAGCAAGUUAACCUCACGGUGGACUCCCACACACAGCACUUCCAAACCAAAGGAGAAGGCCACUCGCUGGAGGUGGACUAUGAGCUGAGUUUCGGAGGCAUCCCGCUGCCUGGUAAACCUGGCACCUUCCUGAGGAAGAACUUCCGCGGCUGCAUGGAAAACCUCUACUACAACGGGAUCAAUAUCAUAGACCUGGCAAAGAGACGCAAGCCACAGAUACACAGUGUGGGCAACGUGACCUUCUCGUGCUCGCAGCCCCAGCUGGUGGCUUGCACCUUUCUGAGCUCCGGCAGCAGCUUCCUGUCGCUUCCAUCAGCAGUGUCUGCCACAGGGGGCUUCUCUGUUCGCUUCCAGUUCAGGACGUGGAACCCAGAUGGGCUGCUGCUUUCUGUGCAGAUGAACCCGGAGCCCCAGAGACUGGAGCUGCUGAUCAGCAACACUGGACUGUAUCUGACCCUACACAGCUCAGGACAACAGAAAUCAGAGGUCUCCACUGGUCACAGAGUAAGUGAUGGACUGUGGCACUCUGUAAGUCUCGACACGAAGAAUCUACAGAUCACUUUGACUGUGGAUGGUGAGCCGUGCUCCACAACUGAACUGUGGGAACAAGUGGAACCAAGAGGCAACUUUUACUUUGGAGGCUGUCCCACCAUGGACUGUCAGCUCCCGACGCCGACCUUCCAGGGGUGUAUGCGGCUCAUAUUCAUCAGCAGCCAGCCAAUGAAUCUCAGUCAUGUACAGCAAGGAUUGCUGGGACAUUAUAACGAGCUUCAGUUUGACACGUGCAAUAUACGAGACAGAUGCCUUCCUAACCUGUGUGAACACGGAGGCCACUGCUCUCAGACGUGGAGCUCCUUCGCCUGCGACUGCUCGGGAACGGGAUACUCUGGAGCGACAUGUCACAACUCUAUUUACGAGUCGUCCUGUGAGGCUUACAAGCUGAUUGGCAGCUCCUCGGGCUUCUACUCCAUUGAUCCAGAUGGGAGUGGUCCCCUGGGGCCCACACAGGUAUACUGCAACAUGACAGAGGAGAAGGUGUGGACAGUUGUGACCCACAACAUCACAGCUCCGGUCACGGUCCUGAGCGCCUCUCCUCAGAAACCUCACGUCAUGAAUUUCAACUACAGCGCCUCGGCUGAACAACUGCGCGCCAUCGUAUCAGGGUCAGAGCAGUGCCAACAGGAAGUGGUGUACAACUGCAGGAAGUCCCGUCUCUUUAAUAGAAAAGACGGCAGCCCACUGUCCUGGUGGCUGGACCGCGAAGGAGAGAGGAGGAGCUACUGGGGAGGCUUCCUGCCUGGGGUCCAGCAGUGCUCCUGCAGCCUGGAGGAGAACUGCGUGGACAUGAACUACUUCUGCAACUGUGACGCUGAUACAGAUGCAUGGGCUAAUGACACAGGAAUCCUCUCCUAUAAAGACCACCUACCAGUCAGCCAGAUAGUCAUUGGAGACGCCAACAGAACGGGCUCGCAAGCCAUUUACCGCAUUGGCCCUCUGCGUUGUUAUGGAGACAAGUCUAUAUGGAAUGCAGCCUCUUUCUACCAGGAGUUAUCGUACCUCUACUUCCCCACCCUGCAGGCAGAGCUCGCCUCCGAUAUCUCCUUCUACUUCAAGACCAGUGCUCCUUCAGGAGUGUUUCUCGAGAACCUGGGCCUCAAAGCCUUCAUCCGAGUGGAGCUCAGCUCUCCCUCAGUGGUGACUUUCUCCUUUGAUGUGGGAAACGGUCCGGCGGUCCUGUCCGUGAAGUCCCACCUCCCCCUGAAUGACAGACAGUGGCACUACGUGAGGGCGGAGCGCAACGCCAGGGAGGCCUCCCUGCAGGUCGACCAGCUUCCCCUCCGCUUCCUGGACGCUCCGGCUGAUGGACACCUCCGCCUGCGGCUCAGCAGCCAGCUAUUCAUAGGGGGGACGGCGUCCCAGCAGAGAGGCUUCCUGGGCUGCAUCAGGACUCUGACCAUCAACGGCAUCAGCUUGGACCUGGAGGAGCGCGCCAGGAUGACGCCGGGGGUGAGCUCCGGUUGUCCCGGCUACUGCAGCGGCUCCAGCAGCCUUUGCCACAACAGAGGGAGGUGCGUCGAGAAGAGCAACGGCUACAUCUGCGACUGCUCCCAGUCUGCCUACGGAGGAACCACCUGUAACCAAGAGGUGUCAGUGUCCUUUGACAGAGAGUCCUCGGUGACCUACACCUUCCAGGAGCCCUUCUCAGUGAUGCAGAACAGGAGCUCACAGGCCACCAGCGUUUCCACAGAGAGCAGCAGCAGGGCCAGAGAGGACGUCGCCUUCAGCUUCGUGACCUCCCAGAGGCCGGCCAUGCUGUUGACUGUCAGCACCUUCAGCCAUCAGUACAUCGCUGUCAUCCUGGCCAAAAACGGGAGUCUGCAGAUCUGGUAUCACCUUCAGACAGACAGGAGUCCGGACGUGUUCAGCCCCGCUCUCAGCAACCUGGCAGACGGACGUCUUCAUCGAAUCAGAAUCCACAGAGUGGGCAAAAACCUCUACGUUCAGAUCGACCAGGACAUCCACAGAAAGUACAUGCUGUCAUCUGAUGCAGAGCUGAUCUUAAUCAGAUCCUUGACAUUGGGCAAAGUCACCAGGAGGGAGAAUCUCAAUGAGGACGUAACGCAGGCGGCCUCUAAAGGUUUCAUUGGCUGCCUCUCCUCGGUCCAGUUCAAUCAUGUGGCACCGCUGAAGGCAGCGCUCACGAAUCGAGGAAGCUCACUGGUCACCAUCCGGGGCCCAUUGGUCCAGUCAAACUGUGGAGCGCUGGCGGAGUCCACCUCGCACACUCUGCAAGAUCAAGCAGUAACAGCCAAUAAAGAUAAGGAGCAGCGUGGCAAUGGCAGCCAGAAGGAUUUGGCUGUGAUAGCAGGUGUGGUCACAGCCGUGGUCUUCAUCGCCGCGUGUGCCCUGGCCGUGAUGAGCCGCCUCGUCUACCAGCAGCGGCGGGCCCAGGGGAGCGGCGGCAGCGGCAUCAAAGAGGAGCACAGAAACAGCAUGUACACAGACUACAGGACAGAGAUGCACCUCCACAACUCAGUCAGGGACAGCAUGAAGGAGUACUACAUCUGACCGCAGUGUGCACUCUCGGGCCCCAAGUUGCAAACUUACCUCUCUCUUUCAAAGGAUUAACAGGUGGACGUGCUGCUACGGCAUUUUCUUACAACAACUCAUCUCUGUACAAGUACAAGCAAGUGGCUGAAUCUUUACAGCUAUUAGUGUAUUUGAUGUUGGUGAAACUGUCCAAAUCGAGCUGCUGUGGUUUCUGUCAUUGCAAAAUGUGUAAAGCAAAAAGAUGAAUGUUCUGCAGGGGUGGACAGAGGGACACCGUGAGCGCAGCGAGCAGAAGCUGCCGUCCAUCCCCAAUGCGCACAACUUACAACAUUUUGUUUAAAACCCUCAAAUGCUGAAUAUUUCCACAUUUCAGUGGGACUCACUCAAUUGUACUCGCAAGUCAGGAAAUGUAGGCCAGGCCUGUAAGUUAUGCGUGCGUUAGCUGCUGUUUGUUUUUUCAGUGGUGGUGAAAGUUGUAGAAGAAGAAAAUGGGACAAUACUGCCUAUACUGUAUGAGUGCCUAAUUUGCAUACGAGUUUUUAUUUUAACAUUUUAGAUGUUGUUUCGUUUGAUUUGCACAAAGGCAGUCGCAUUUACAUAGAGGGGACCUUAUUGUCAUUCAGCUCUGCAACCCACGCCACACAGAAUAAAAGGAAAUUGGAAUUUCACAGCCAUGCACAACAUCUGCCACUUGACAAUUAGUCAAGUAAUGUUUCAUUCACUGAGCUGUUCUUCACUGCACUGUUCGAAGUAGCAUGAAGACUUACGAACUUUAAAAAGUCCAAUAGAUCCGGGAAGGUCUAAUCCCUCUCCAGCGCAACACUUUCAAGUGUUUCAAGGUCCAGUCGAGCGUUGUGCACCGUUUGGGCCACAUAUAUUUCGUGAUUGGCGAUAUUUAUCUGACGAUUUGUGAAAUCACGGAUUUUAAUGUUGAUUUAAUUGCGCUGAUUCUUUGUGUAUUAGUUUUCCCGUACAGGAAAAUCUAGAAUAAACACCUGUGUAUACUGUACCAUGAGAGUAGCAGACACGAGAAAUGACUCUAGAGGGUUAUAAGAGUUCAAUUUUAAAAAGUAAUUGACACAGAUACGUACAGUGAGGGGUUUAUCAGCCGGACUGCCUUCAUGAGCGUCGCUAAACUCUGCAGGCAGCCAGGGAUAGCAUGGACGGGCUGAGAAACCCUGCGUAUAAAAUGUCUGAUACCGGUGUGUGUGAACCAAUCUGGCGAGCCAUGGAGCUCCCCGUCGGUAUCUUUGGUGUCCCGUGGCAUACAGGCAGCGGUUCGGUGUUGUAUGUGCAGAAAGUGUUUGGUGCCGCUAGUGCUCACAGAAACAAAUUUAACCGGCGUGUGAAGUUUGCAGUAGUAAGAAACAAUCCCAGCAGCAAGUUGGUUUUUUUUUUGCAGCUUCUACAUCUGCGGUAAGCUCCGGGGGGCAAAAUGUGUGACUCACAACCUCCUCUACUACACUUUGUCACAGUACUUGAGUGAAUUUGUGCCACUGUUAAAGGUCACGAUUCCUUUAUUGCAGCUGCGAGCUCGGUGAUAUGGCAGGAGAAAGGGAGGCCUUUUGUGCAGACUUAGACUGUGAGGCUGCAAUCUUUCUAUAAAUCAGAAAGCGCUGGUACAAAAAGUUUAGUUUGACCAUUAUUUCUACAGCGCUAGUCAGCUGUGCUUAGGGCUCUUUGCAACCGAAAAAAGGCCACUAUGUUACCUGACGUAAUUUGUUUAUUUAUUUACGAUUUGGAUUACAGGGAUAAGAAGCGUUUUCUAUAUAUUUCAAGCAGAAUACUUUUUAUAUACAUCUUACACUGGUUGAUCAUAAGAACAAAACCGUACACACCUAAGACAAAAAGUCUAGAGCAACCUAGAGUUCUUGAGGGCACCUUUCACACCCCAAAACCAAAUUUAAAGCAUGGACGACUUUUUUUAGAUCCUUACCACUACUGUGGCAAAAAAAUAAGUUAAACUAAGUUUGACCUGAAGGUGGCGCCAGAGGAAAGAGCGACUUUGCCUAAAUUUCCAAAUCAGCUUGUCGGGCUCAGCUCUGUAUUAUCAGAUUUAGCUCAUUAACCACUGGCUUCAGCUGCUCUUAGGCAGGUUAGCCGUCUCUGUCAACAUCAUUUGUACUUCAAGC